AUGUCGUCCGAGUCUCGCCCCAACAAGCGGCCGGCGCCCGAUUCCGGGGAUACUGGUUCCAAGAAGAAGCGUAGAAGAAAGCCCAAGCACAGCGCCGAGGAUGACGAGCUGAUCGAUCUUGAAAUCGGCGUAAACGGCGCCAUCGCCAAGAUGGACAGCCAGCUUCUUGCCGAUCAUCUCGCGCAAAGGACCUCUCGUUUCGGCACGGAUCUGAGCCCCGUCGAACUUUCUGACCUCUCUAUAUCUGCCGUCUCCAUCCAGGACACCACAUCUUGGAAGGAACAGAGGAUAACGGACCGUCUCCCGGACUUCCUUGAGAAGUUUACGGGUGAUCCGGCCUCACUUUCGAAGGCCCCCAAAGCCACCGGUGCUCCACAUACACUCAUCGUCACUGGUGGUGGGUUAAGAGCUGCUAAUGUUGUACGGGCUGUGAGAAAGUUCCAGUCUAAAGACAACACGGUAGCUAAACUGUUUGCUAAACAUAUGAAAAUCGAGGAGCAAGUCGGCUUCUUGGGCAAGUCACGCGCGGGAAUCGGAGUAGGCACCCCCGCGCGGUUGUCCGACCUCAUCGAGAAUGGCGCUCUUUCGCUCACCCACCUGAAGAGGAUAGUAGUAGAUGCAUCGCACGUUGACCAGAAAAAGCGAGGCGUUAUGGAUAUGAAGGAUACCAUGAUACCCCUUGCCCGUCUGCUCUCAAGGAAAGCGCUAAAAGAUCGCUAUGCUGCCGCUGAAAAGUCUGUGGAUUUGCUGUUCUAUUAA